AAUGUUAUCUUGGAAUGUCUCUCGCAGGGCGGUGGAGCAUUUCUCUGCUUCUCGUUGCUGCGGUGUGUAUGGGCCUAACGUUAGCGAACUGUCCGGACGCGACAAGUCUGCGUCCGUGUACGUGCGACCAUGAAGGCAUCAAUUGCAUGCGCGCCAACAGCACGACUCAGCUGAUACAAGCCUUCAGGAGCGGCAACGCACUCUCCAGAGAGCAUAAGGAGCUGUGGAUACAGAAGACUCCCAUAAAGUCGUUCCGGGCGGGCGUGCUGGGAAACUUCAAGUUCGAGCGAGUUCACCUCGAGCGCAACGCCAACUUGAGCUACUUCACGCUGGAUUCCCUGAUGAACUUCAACGGGCUCCUCAACGUUCUCAGCGUGUACGGCAAUGCACUUCGGACGUUCGAGUUUGACAAGCUGCCACGCUUCCCGAACCUGUUCGCGCUAAACCUGGGCGGAAACCGUCUGACGAGCAUCCCGGACAACGCAUUCCGUAACCCCCACCUGCAGAAGCUCGGGCUGAGGGAAAACCCCAUCACGUCCAUUGGCCGAAGGGCUUUCUACGCACUCUCCAGUCUCAAGGAACUCGACCUCAGCCACACAAGGCUCGCCACUCUGGGCCCACUCUCGCUUUCUAUACUGCGGACACACCCGGAGCUCAGGAUCCAGCUCCACAAUGCUGGCAUCAGGGCCAUAAACCCCAACGCCUUCGACCAUGCGGCACCCCUUGUGCUCAACCUGGGCAACAACAGUCUGGCUUCUCUGGAAAGGAACCCUUUCGAACCUCUCAUUUUGCGCAUGUAUCAGAACGCGAGGCAAUUGGGCACACUACCAAUCAUCAGCGUCGCAGGAAAUCCUCUUACAUGCCGCGGAUGCUCGUACAGGUGGCUGGUCCAGUACAGGUUCUCCGCCCAAGUACGGGCGAUUCUGCAUGGCUUCCAGUGUCCCGACGGCUACGGUCUGUCCAGCAUUAGCGAUCAGAGAAUUGACUGCUGGGAUCCCUGGAACUUCGCGAGCAUCGGCUAACUUAUUUAAAGAAAAACGUGUAGUACAUGUAUAUGCAUCACCAUCGAACGUAUUAAACAUCACCACCAUGAUAUCCUGUACUCGUAUUCAAGUGUCCACUGUACUUUCUCUGCUGAAUGU